AUGUACAACAAUAAAUUCCCUAUAGAAUUAAUAAAAAAGAAGGUUUAAGAAAAUACUAUUUCCUAUAAAUUUAGGUGGAACAAUGGAACUAUCUCAAUUGAACCCAUGAUUCAAUUAACACCUUAGUUGUUAGAACUUGUUCAUCAAUAUGAAUUAAAAUAGUACUAUGAAAUCAACAAGAAAGUUAAACUAAACUAAACUGAAAUUCCCUCUGAACCUUUAAGAGAUUUCCCUUCCAUUUUAACAAAAGAUGAAACAAAAAUAUCUUUACUCAAAAACGAAGAUACAUCUAAGACAAUAUAAAAGGCUCCUAUAAAGUCUUUAUAGGAAAGUAAUUAUGAAUCUAAUACAAUUUUACCUCAAGAUAUAAUACCAUAAAUUUAACAAUCAAAUCCUAAAUAAUAUUUAUAAAAGACAUUUGUUAAACAUACUCAUCUUCCUAGAUAAAAUAAAAAGUGUAUAAUUAAAAGCAUUACAAGAAAUAAUGGAGAUAUCAUGUUUUUGAUAAAUGAUGAUGAAAUUAAAUGGGUAAAAUUGGAAGAUCUAAAAAGAAAUUCUCCAAUUACAUUGUGUGAUUAUCUAUUGUCCAAAGUUAGAUUCAAAUGA